AUGUUGCUUGCCCGUAGGCCGGGGCUCCUAUGCCUGCUCUGCCAGUCGAGAGCUUUUAGUACCUCGUACCGCUUGCUGGCGGAGCAAGGUCCUGCUACAACGAAGGCUAUAAAACCUGCCGCAAGUAAUAAACCGGCCAAACCGGAGGCACCGUCCUCACCGGCGCCGGCCAAAGUCAUACCUCCUUCUCCGUUAGAAGAUGCGCCGAGGUCAUACGGCAAGCGGACCGAAAAGUUCACGCCGAAGCCGCUGAACCGGCCGAUAGGCAUGCCGCAACCACCGAAACCGGGCGAGAACACCGGCAUAGAUAACCGGACGUUAAAACAGCGCCGCGAUGAUCUCGUAAACUACGACAAGCAUCUAAAGCGACGAGAUGAACUGAUGAGCAAGAUGUCGCGCCCAUACUACCGCGACUGGGGCAACCUGCGCUUCCACAAGGGCAAGACAUUUUUCGUUCCGCCGCGGCCCUUCAAAGGGGACCUAUCUCUCUUCUUCCCGAACCUAUUCGGGCGAACGCUAUUAAAAAGCGACCGCAAGCCCCGCGACACGACGCCCACGCUACAGAAUAAGAUUUCUAUCGUCAGUGUAUUCAGCAGCGUGUGGGCCGAGAACCAGAUCAACUCGUUCGUGUCGAAGGAAGCCAAUCCCGAGCUAGAGACGGUGCUGGAGCAGAAUAAGGACGUGGUCCAGCGAGUCUGGAUUAACUACGAGGACAACUCUAUGAAGGCUUGGUUGAUCAAGCUGUUUAUGGGCGGAAUUAGACGCCGGAUUGGCGAGCCGAAUUGGGACCGGUACUUCAUUGUGCGGAAGGGGCUUAAUGAUGAGAUUCGCGAGAACACUGGUCUUCUAAAUAGCAGUGUCGGUUACGUAUACCUCCUCGACGGCCAAUGUAGGAUACGAUGGGCAGGCAGUGGUCCUAGCGAGGAUCACGAACGAGAGGGAUUAGUCAAGGGCGUCCAGCGACUUCUAGAUGAGGCAAAGAGCUCGAAGAAAAGCUAA